AUGGCGGACUCGGAAGCCACUGAGCUACAAGCCCAGUUCUCUCGGCCAGGAGGCACGAUUGCGGGAAGCCUCAGGUACAGCGGUGGGCGUGAAGAUGAACGACACAUUCCCUCAGAGCUUGCUUUGCCACCCGUCGACCGUGGAGUCCAUGCCUGGGCUUUCUUAGUUGGGUGCUUCUUCAUCGAAGCCCUCAUUUGGGGUCUACCAUUCUCGUACGGUCUUUUCCAGGACUUCUAUACUACACAUGAGCCUUUCAAAUCCGAUCCUUCCGGAAUUGCCGCCAUUGGUACAACAGCACUCCUCGUUUUUACCCAAGGGGCAUUAUAUGCAGUCGGAGGCACCCUUGCAUAUGGCCCGGCAAUUGUUUUUGUUGACGAAUGGUUUGUUCGUAGAAAAGGGCUUGCUUUUGGGGUCAUGUGGGCAGGCACAGGAUUCGCGGGAAUAACAGUGCCUUUCCUCAUGUCCUGGAUGCUAGAACGCUUCAACUUAAAAGUAACGCUUUUGGCAUGGGCAGUGAUCGUAGCAAUUGUCUCAGUACCAUUGCUGGUUGUCGUACGACCUCGAAUCCCAAUCAGCCAAAGUCACCGACCGCGGCGCCUGACCUUCGGCUUUCUUUACGAAAAAUCUGUUUGGUUCAUUCAACUUGGGAAUAUUCUCGAAGGUUUGGGUUACUUUAUGCCCAACAUCUACUUACCAAGCUACGCCAGAACUCUUGGGGUUCGUAAUGAAGCUAUCACUGCAACAAUAGCCCUUCUCAACGGAGCGGCUGUUUUCGGUUGCAUCUUCGUCGGAUUCCUUAUUGACAGGUUUCAUGUCACCACGGUUAUUCUUAUUAGCACGAUUGGGGCGACAUUUUCUAUUUUCAUUUUAUGGGGCCUAUCUUCUUCAAUCGCCCUUCUCUGCAUAUUCUCGAUUACGUAUGGCUUUUUCGCUGGAGGAUAUAGCUCGACGUACGCCGGGAUUAUCAGGGAAUUGCGCUCCGAUGAGAGUGAUGGCGGUGGUGAGCCAGGGAUGGUCAUUGGUUUCCUUGCAGCUGGUCGCGGAAUUGGCAGCGUAAUAUGUGGCCCUUUGAGUGAGGCAUUGGUCAAACGACGGCCCUGGGUAGGAAAAGCCGGUAUGGGAUACGGCACAGAAUUCGGUCCGUUAAUCGUUUUUGCUGGGAUAAGCGCUCUUCUCGGCGGCUUGAGCUUUGGUGCUAGGCUGCUAAGGUGGAUUAAGUAG